AUGUUCUCAAGAACUACAGCAUGGAUUACACUUGGGCUCUGGGCUUUGAGUCCGGGUGCAAGCGCCGUAAAGUUGGGCGGUUACCCCAAGGACAUGUUUGACAAGUCUAUGUCCUUUCUCGACCAGCUCUACGAUGACUCUGUUGGCUACCUGUAUUGGUUCUACUACCCGCUCGCGGCUGGCCAACACGAGACUCGCUCCACCAUUUGGUAUGUCCCUGGUUUGCUCAACCGGCAAAGGGGUGACGAUGUGGAGCAAGCCAUUAGAAUAUUGAGGAAUGUCAUUGGCGAUCAAGAAAAGAAUGUUGAAGCUCAGUGGUAUGGAGAUUAUACUGUCUACCCAGAGCAGCCAACUGUGAACAGCUCUGCAUAUCCGCCAUCUAUUUAUAACUCCUGGGACCCUAAUUGGAGAGGGUUCAUCGGUACCACACUGAUGGUGGUAUACGAGGAGUUCAGACAUCUUCUGCCAGGUGAUGUCCAAGAACUAAUCCUUGAGAGCAUGUACAACAAUACUGUCGGUGACAGCUACCGUGUUGGCGGUGUUGAUGACGAUAAUCUAUAUCCUUCCUACAGUAAUCCGGCCUAUAUGCGUGCCGUCGCAUCAGGGUGGACUGGAAGGAAGCUUCAGGACGAAAACAUGACAGCCGCUGGGGAAAUGUAUGCGAACGAGGUACUCGAGCUGUUCAACAUGAACAACACCUUAUCCGAGUUCAACAGCCCAACGUACGCAGGCAUCACCAUCUAUGCUCUGACUCUUUGGGCCAAGUACAUGCCUAGUGAUUCAGUGAUGGGUCGCGAGGGCCAGCGUGUCUUGGGAGAGGUUUGGGACCUCCUCGCCUCGAUGUACAAUCCUAAUCUCCGCAAUCUGGCCGGGCCUUGGGAUCGAACAUAUGGAUACGAUAUGAACAAAUAUGUGGGUAUCCUAUCCGUGUACUUGUGGUCUAUGAUUGGUGAAGAGGCCGCUUUCGGCGGAUAUAAGGAAUCGCCGUUCUUUCGGGCUCACGCAGACGAUAUGGAGAUCGCUCCGAUGGUCGCCAUCCUUGCGCCAUUUCACAACUCGCUUGUUCCUAAUUCCACGAUCCAGAAGCUCGCUUCUUGCAGCGGCGAGACCCUCAUUUCACGGAAAGCCUACGCGCCACCCUACGAUAUGGAGCCGCGCAACAUCACGACCUGGGUAUCACCGAAUCUGACGAUUGGCGGUGAGUCAUUCAACCAACGCAAUCUCGGCGGCGCUCGUGAGGACCGCUCUUCGUGGAACCCAGGCGUCAUUCAAUGGAAGAGGCGAGACGAUUCUGUUGGCUGGUUCAAUGUCUAUCCGUCCGAGACCGCUAUGACUAUCGAAGUCGCUCCUAACUCCAUCAACUUUACAUAUCCAAACGGCAAUGCUUCGAGCGUUUUCAGCUUUAUCGUAGCGUCGAACCCGCUUGGUGGCAAACGGGAUAUCACUUCAAUCCAGGAUAUUGAGGACUUGGACAUUGAAGUCAGUGGAACAGUAGAUGUGGGCUCGCCUAGCAUCUCCUUCUGCGGGCUUGUUGGUGGGACUUGCAACAUCAUUCAUGGGUUCGAAUUCUGGAACAUAACUUGGUCCAUGCCCUCGAACACCACCGAUGUCCCAUCCAUCAACCUCAAGGUCAAUCUCUCAUAG